AUUGGAAUUUAGUUGCAGUUUAAAUUCGUCGAGAUUACUGCAAUUAACACGUGGAUCAAGAAGGAUUUCGUAGUUAAUCAAAAAAUUAACUUGUUAUUAAUCGGUAUUAUUAAUAACUAAUAUUAUAUCUUAUUGUAUAUUUGUCAAGGAUUAUAGAAUAUUAUGGAUCCCGGUUUGACGUAAAGUGUAAAAUGUUAAAUGUACACAUGCCACGACUUGACGACCUGACGUGUUCUUCCACAAUAACUUUAAUUGAUUUUUAUAAUUAAUCUUGGUUUAUAGCUUCAUCACUAAGAUAUAUAUAUAUAUAUAUACACACACACACACCAAUUAGGGCAAUUUUGGUCUCUCCAAAUUGCCGAGAAAGGUAAUAAAGAUAAUUGAUACGUUGAACAUCAUUACCAUAUAUGUAACGGGUGAAUAAAUUAAAUCCAUAGACAAAUAAUUGUGUAAUAACAGAGAAAUGCGUAAAAGAAUGGUAUAAUAAUUUAUUUCAUUACUAUAAAAAUACGUUUCAUAACUUUUUGACAAUAUUUAAGGAUAUGAUCAUAUCUCUUGAAAUACAAUACUUUUUACCAUCUUACCAUAACAAAAUCUUCUAACCAAAUUCUAUAUAAAUCUCUAAUUGACUUCCUCAAAUUCCACAAAAAGCAACAUCACCAUCUUACGAAAAGAAAAAGACUAAAAAAAAAAUAUUUCUUUGAGACAACAGCAACGGCUAUGAAAUCGCCUUUGGCCAUUUUUUGCUUAGUCCUCGUCAUCUCCCUUUUCGGCCUACAUCAAUGUGCAAGUGCAAGUGCGGGGAAGAAUGAAAGGAUAGACAUCUUUGUGCCUCCAUGCAUUAGGGGGCAUUGCAGCUUUGGGCUCACGAGAGAUUGCUACUGCUGCGUUGGCAAAGUGAAGCAGUGUUGGAAGACCAAAGAGCCGUGCUGGCAGACUUGUCCUAAGCUCAACCCUCCACUAGCACAGACUCCUUCUUCCAUUUUCUAACAUAAUCAUUUUGCCUUUCUUUUUUCUUUUUAAUAAUAUGUUUGAUUAAUUUAAUAAAAAAUAGCAAUGGUGAUGCUAAUAAUAUCGAUAUUGUCUUGA